GGGGUCAUACCACUACUACCCAGUGCCCAUACUUACAAUUGCGACAUAAACUAACCAUGAACCAUUCUGCCUUGACUUCUACUUCACGAUUCAUAGAAGCAGAUGAUGACGAUGAUGACCUAGACGAGCAAGACAUUCCUGGGUUCUCAGUACCAUCACUAGCCAUAGACAAGGGGAAAUCAAGGGAGCCAGAACAGCUUGCCGAACCUUCGGCAGCUCCCUCUCAGAACCAGAAUGUGUCUGGCAACAUCGGUGCCAAUAGCUCGUCCGGCAGUUCCAACAGGCAAACUGUCGGCGGCAUUCGAGUCGAGACUCGGUAUUCUGGGGCGGACACUCUAGAUGAGCCUGUCACCACCACAAUCGCACGCGACUUGCUUUCGAUAUACUCGAAGUUGGUACAUGUGCUCUACCCUCGUAAGUCUAGUGGACGCGAAGUCCUCAGAGACUGGGAUCUUUGGGGACCAUUAUUGCUUUGUCUAUGCCUAGGCAUCAUGUUGAGCGUGAAUGCACCCUCCAGCCAGUCAUUAGGGGUAUUCACUUCUGUGGUUGUGAUCGUUUCCCUUGGCUCUCUUGUCGUGACCGUCCAGGCUAAGCUUCUCGGUGGCAGAGUGUCCUUCUUUCAAGGGCUCUGUGCACUUGGCUACUGCAUAGCGCCAUUAGAUAUCGCUGCACUUAUCUCGUGCUUCGUGCGUGUCAUAUGGGUGCGUGCGCCCGUAGCCCUGGCUGCCUGGGCUUGGUGCAUAUGGGCAUCCGUAAACUUCUUGGACGGCACGAAAAUUGAACCACAACGCAUCUUGCUCGCCGUAUACCCACUCCUGUGAGUCAUGUCUGAAGUCUAUUGCGCUGCGAGAAUAACUAUUUUCUCGCAUUGUAGGCUUUUCUACUUUGUACUGGCGU